AUGGUGCGCCUCACCCAUUCCGCUACUCACUGGCAGCUUCGCUGCAUCUUCGACACGUCCAGCGAGGACGAAAACACGCCGCCCAACGUCCAGGCAAGCCCGCAGCGCACCCAAGGCAGCAAGCGCAGCGAGCAGCCCGCCAGAGACUGCGCCAGCUCCACUGGCACCGCGACUCCUCCAUGGAUGUCGCCGGAGAAGUGCCAGCGCCGCUCCAAGGCAGUGACGAAUCGACCGCCAAGCCCGGAGGCAACACCCCCACCUGCGUCGUCGCCGCCGAGAACCCGUCCAAGCGCCAACCCCACGACGGCGUCGCCAAUUUUGCUGGAGACGCCGCCAACGUCGCCGGCGCGCCCAAUACCACGCAAGGCGCUUCAGCCCCGCCAAGAAGGACGUCGUGCGCAGCGUGAGGCUGCUGCGCCGUACAGCCGUCGCCCGUCGGUGCCUCAGCGUCCGGAUCGACCCGCCGUCGACCCACGUGGAUCGAUAAGCGCCAGCUCGGAUGUGCAGUUCAAUCCAUUGGCGACGGUCUUUCCGGCGGUGCCACACUUCGGGUGGUGCGACUGCCCGUCGCCGUGCCGCGUGGACUCCUGCCGCAACUCGCGCAUGCACCUGUAUUGCAACAUCAAUUGUUGCCCCUACAGAGGCCUCUGUGGGAACGCGCUGGGCGAGUCGAACAAGAUCUACCUGGGGAAGAUGUGCGCACAAAGACGCUCGGAGUGGUCGCCGCUGAGGCCAUUGAAGCUGGAGAAGUCCUCGAUGCAGCCAGAGAGGCCCACGCACCCCGUCCGUGUGGCGAUCAAUGCAGAGAACCUGGGCGGCCUCAUGCGGUUCGUAAAGCACUCUUGCGAGGCGCUGGCGAAGUUUGUUGAGGUCUCCAACGGACGCCGCACCACCGUUGUCGUGGCGAGCACGGAAGACAUUCGUCAGGGCCAAGAGGUGACGGUCGAUUAUGGCGACGACCUGUGGUUCGUCUGCCGAUGCGGAUCGGACAGAUGCCGCCAUCGCCAUCUCCAAGAUGCUCAAGAUCCGUAA